AUGGGUGUACCAGCAUUCUUCCGUUGGCUUACGAAAAAAUAUCCUCUAAUUAUUGUAAACGCCAACGAAGAUCGACAGAGGAAUGCUGACGGGACGCGAAUUCCUAUCGAUUCUACUAAACCAAAUCCAAAUUUCCAGGAAUUCGAUAACUUGUAUUUGGACAUGAAUGGCAUCAUCCAUCCUUGUACACAUCCAGAAGAUCGACCAGCACCGGCCAAUGAGGAUGAGAUGUUUGCCCUCAUUUUUGAGUAUAUUGAUCGUAUAUUUUCAAUUGUGCGUCCCCGUAAAUUAUUGUACAUGGCGAUCGAUGGAGUGGCUCCCAGAGCAAAGAUGAAUCAACAACGCAGUAGACGUUUUAGAGCGUCGAAAGAGGCUUGGGAAAAGAAGGCCUCGAUUGAAGAGCAGCGUCGACGUUUAGAAGAGGAAGGUAUCGCAUUACCACCUAAGAAAGAAGAAGAGAGCCAUUUCGACAGUAACUGUAUUACUCCUGGCACCCCAUUUAUGGCACGGUUAGCCGAAGCAUUGCGAUAUUACAUCCACGAAAGAAUUACUACUGAUCCAGCAUGGGCAAAAAUUGAGGUUAUACUUUCUGAUGCCAAUGCACCUGGUGAAGGAGAGCACAAGAUCAUGGAUUUUAUCCGUAGACAGCGUUCCAAUCCUGCCCAUAAUCCUGACACUGUCCAUUGUCUUUGUGGUGCUGAUGCUGAUCUCAUUAUGCUAGGGUUGGCCACUCAUGAGGCUAAUUUCAACAUUAUACGGGAGGAAUUUAUCCCCAAUCAACAGCGUCCAUGUGAACUCUGUGGACAAUAUGGACAUGAACUGAAGGAUUGCAGAGGUCUGGAUAACGAGGAAAAAGGGCCGGAACAUGCUGAUCCUAUCGCAAAAGAAAAGAACUUUAUAUUCUUGCGUAUUCCUGUUUUGAGAGAGUAUCUUGAAAGAGAUUUGGUCAUGGAGAAUCUUCCUUUCAAGUAUGACUUUGAAAGGGUUAUCGAUGACUGGGUUUUCCUUUGCUUUUUUGUUGGCAACGAUUUCCUCCCUCAUUUACCUUCUCUGGAAAUUCGUGAGGGAGCUAUCGAUCGUCUGAUCAAACUGUACAAGGACAUGGUGUACAGUAUGAAAGGAUACUUAACAAAGGACGGGGAUGUCUACAUGGAUCGAGUUGAACGAAUCAUGCUUGGUCUUGGAGAAGUAGAAGACGAAAUUUUCAAACGUCGCCAGCAAGACGAGGAACGCUUCAAAACGAUACGAAAGGCAAAGAAAGCUCGUCUGAGCGGUGGACGUCGUCCCCAAGGUCCAUCUUAUGUCCCACGCUCUGGGUCUCUCAUUGCUCCUCUGGCAAGGGCCACUCCAAUGAGCGGUGAGACAACCCGUGCUCUUGCUGCUACAGCGAGAGUCGAGGCUAUGCACUAUUCUGAAAACGAGGAAGCAGCUAGGAGGUUGAAAAUGAUGCUAAAGCAAGAGGAUUCACCCACUAACACAAAGACGGAGGAGAGUCCUGGAAGUAGAAAAAGGAAAGCGGCGGCCCCCUUGGAUGCUGAUUCCGAUGAAGAUCCGCCAGAUGACAUACGUUUGUUUGAAACCGGUUGGAAAGAUCGGUACUAUAGAGCAAAGUUCGAUGUGGGAGCAGAUGAUGUCAGCUUUAGAAGAAAAGUAGCAUGGGCUUACGUUGAAGGUCUUUGUUGGGUGCUUAAAUACUACUACCAGGGUUGCGUUAGCUGGGACUGGUAUUUCCCCUAUCACUACGCUCCUUUCGCCAGCGACUUCGACACUGUUUCGAAGUUUAAGCCUGAUUUUUCUCGUCCUACUAAGCCGUUCAAACCUUUGCAACAGCUGAUGAGCGUAUUUCCAGCAGCAAGCAAACAACAUCUGCCGAUCCAUUGGCAGAAGCUGAUGACAGAUGAAGAUUCGCCUAUCAUUGAUUUGUAUCCUAUUGAUUUUCGCAUUGAUCUAAAUGGGAAAAAGUAUGCCUGGCAAGGGGUCGCCCUUUUGCCUUUCGUGGAUGAGGAUCGUCUCCUCAGAGCACUUGAAACUGUUGAGGAUACACUAACUGAUGAGGAAAGAGCUCGCAACACCACAGGACCAAAUCGGAUAUUCAUAGGUCGGAAUCACCCCGCAUUUGACUUUUUCCAGGAACUGUAUGCAAACACCAGCGGAACUACGAAUUCUGUUGAUAUCGAUCCUGCGUUCACAUAUGGAGUGACUGGUAGAAUUUGCGCCGACGAUACGGCCAUAGCUCCAGGUCAGGCAUUCCCGUCUCCAGUGGAUGACAAAUCAUGUCCUGAUCUACCCGUGAACGGUGCGAUUAUGGUAGUUUACGAAGAUCCUCAGUAUCCUGAAGGUUUUAUCUUCCCUGCAAAACGGUUAGAGAAUGCCAAAGAAAUACCCCGUGCUCUUCGUGACUAUAGUGAUCGUCGUAGCGGUUCUGACUACCGACCCCAGAUUGGGUUCACUCGAGAUGUCCCAGGACGAGCAAGUUUAGAUAGUUCUGCUCAUAGAUUUCUUCGUCAUGAGAUCAACCACAGCCCCGAUGAACGUGACAGCAGAAACCGAGGUGGAGGAUACACUGUUGGUGGAGGAUAUCGAGGAGGCUAUAACAGCAAUGGCUAUGACGGCUAUGGUGGCCGCGACGGGGGGCAAGGCUAUAACCAACGUUCGAACUAUGGUGGCGGCGGGUAUGAUCGCAACGCUUCAGGCUACCAACGAAACUUUGGAGGUGGUUAUAACACCAGCUCAUCACAUGGAAACAAUGAUAGAGGUUACAACGGAAACCGAGGAGGAUACGGCAAUCCCGGACAUGGUAAACAGGGAAUGAGAGGAUCAUAUGCUCCUAGAGGUCGAGGAGGCUAUAGUGGACCUGGGGGUUACCGUGAAUGGCGUCAGUGA